GUAGGAGGUGGCUCGAUGUUAUUCCUUCGGAGGAGGUGGUAGCUGCGGAAGCCGUCAAGCUGGAGGCGGCCGGUGGAGAUGCCAUGGAGCGAGGGAAGCCAGGCCCAGUUCAGAUCGUGCUGGUGCACAAGGAAGAGCACUCGUUUGAACUGGAUGAAAAGGCGCUGAGUCGAGUCCUGCUGCAGGAUGCCAUCCGUGACCUGGACGUGGUGGUGGUGUCGGUGGCUGGGGCCUUCCGCAAGGGCAAGUCCUUCCUCUUAGACUUCCUGCUGCGUUACAUGUACACACAGAAAGAAGGGGGCAGCUCCAAUUGGCUGGGAGAAAACGAUGAGCCCCUGACGGGCUUCUCCUGGCGUGGCGGCUCCGACCCUGAAACCACCGGCAUCCAGAUCUGGAGCGAGGUGUUCAUUGUGGAGAAACCAAGUGGGAAGAAGGUGGCGGUUGUGCUGAUGGACACCCAAGGAGCCUUUGACAGCCAGUCGACCGUCAAGGACUGCGCCACCAUCUUUGCCCUCAGCACCAUGACGAGUUCUGUUCAGAUCUAUAACUUGUCCCAGAACAUCCAGGAAGACGAUCUCCAGCAGCUGCAGCUGUUUACGGAGUAUGGCCGCCUGGCUAUGGAUGAGAUCUUCCUCAAACCCUUCCAGACCCUGAUGUUCCUGGUCCGAGACUGGAGUUUCCCAUAUGAGUAUUUUUAUGGCCUGGACGGUGGCAAGCAGUUUUUGGAAAAGCGGCUGGAGGUGAAAUCUCACCAGCACGAGGAGAUCCAGAAUGUUCGGAAGCACAUCCAUUCUUGUUUCACCAACGUCAACUGCUUCCUCUUGCCCCACCCCGGCCUCAAGGUGGCCACCAGCCCAAACUUUGAUGGCCGUCUGAAAGACAUCGCAGACGAAUUCAAAGAUCAGCUGCAGCACCUGAUCCCAUUUGUGCUGGAUCCUAGCCAGCUUUUGGAAAAGGAGAUCAACGGUUCCAAGGUUACCUGCAGGGGCUUACUGGAGUACUUCAAGGCUUAUAUUAAGAUCUACCAGGGAGAAGACCUGCCUCACCCCAAGUCCAUGUUGCAGGCCACAGCUGAAGCCAAUAACUUGGCUGCCGUUGCUUCAGCCAAGGACAUGUAUUACACCAACAUGGAGAAGCUCUGCGGCGGGGAUAAGCCGUACGUCUCUCCAGACCUGCUGGAGGAGAAGCAUCGUGUGCAGAGUGCGCUGGCCCUGCAGCACUUCCAGCGCAUCAAGAAGAUGGGAGGCAAGGAGUUCAGCCAGCGCUACGAGGACGAGCUAGUUCGGGAGAUGUCCGCACUCUUCGAGGACUUUGCCAAGCACAACCAGAGCAAGAAUAUCUUCAACACCUUCCGGACGCCCGCCAUCAUUUUCGGUGGCAUCAUCUCCCUCUACCUGAGCUCUGGCUUCACGGGCUACGUUGGGCUGGACAUCGUUUCGCAGCUCUGCAACUUCAUCGUGGGGCUGCUGCUCAUUUCCCUGCUGGCCUGGGGCUACAUCCGCUACUCGGGCCAGUACCGCGAACUGGGUGUCAUCAUCGACACCACGGCUGAGUUUCUGCUGGAAAAGGCAACAUCCCGUGCAAGUAGUUCCACUCAGUUAGCAGAAGCCAGCACGUCCGGGACAAGUGCCAAUGACAAGAAAAUCCAGUAAGGUCUUAAUGCAAGAGGUCCAAACUCCGGGCUGAGGGCAACGGUCUUGUUACUGCCUGCGGAUCCAGGCAUGGCUUUGUAGGCUUCCUUGAGAGUACCUCCGAGCCAUCCCUUGGCUCUGGAUAUUUUCUCUUUUUUCAUUUUUUUAAAAAGAGCCCUUUCCUGUUUAUUUUGCUUUCUGCACUUUAACAAAGGAAAAAAAUUGCAGCUUUAAAGUUCGUUCUGUACCAAUUAGUGCCUUCCUCGGGAUGGGUUGGGGGAGGAAAAAAACCGGCAUGCUGAUCUCUUAUUCCUUCAACCGCCUGCUUUUUAAAAACCCUUUCUGGACGCUCGUCGAUGAGAGAUGGUUGCCGUGUAGCCUCCACCUCGCCGGACGGCAAGCUCCCCCUUUGGUAUGUUCCGCCCGAUGAAGAAGACAGCUCAGGAAUCCGAAGAGUGCUCUGGGCCAAAAGAAAACAAAAAAAAGAACCAUGCAUUCCUUGGAACCCCUCCCCCUUUGUGCCUUUUUUUUGUGGACAGCACCUUGCACCUCUGGUCAUGGAGUGAAACUCAUGACUGGCCACUGCCUUAGAAGUCCACCUCCAGAAGCUUGUGUUUGUGGGAGAGAAGACCAAAUAUGUCGAAACCCUCCUUGCCCUCUUAGCUGAUUUCCUCAGAUUGCUCCGGACUGCAGUUCCUCCCCCCUGCCUCCAGUUUGGUUUUUGUUCAGUUUCAUUCCCUUUAAGGGCCUAUGGCUCGCUUUGGGCAGUGACCCCCGGGCUGUCCUUCCUCAGAUCCUAUUCCUGCUUGUACUAUAGACACAGGGGCUCUUCGGGCUUCUCUGGGUGGGAGCCAGCUAGAUGGACGGUAAACACCAGUGUGGUGGUGUAACUGCUCAGUCUUCUGUCCUCCUGUGCAUGUUGUGAUUCAGGAACGUGGGGCUGUCUACAGAGUUUGUGACCCACUGGCCACUUACAGUGGCUCACUGGGAGUUUGUUACACCUCUUCUUUUGGCCUCCUGGGACUGGGUGGUGUUGGAGGAUUGUCCAGUGACUGGGAGACCGUGGAUCCAGACAAUAUUUUCCCGCUUAGGGAAGGGCAGGUGUUAAUUUCUUCCGGUUCCUCCUUCCAGCUGCAGGCCUCUGAUUUGCCCCUCAUGCUAUUCCUGAGGAUUCCCUGUCCCCCGGGAUCCACACGGGAUCAGUAGGGAAGUUCUCUUCUGCCGAUGGAAGCCUUUGCCUUCGGUCUGCAGAAGAUUUAAUCUUAAUCUAACCUGUUGGGUGUGGUUGGCCAGAAUUUAUGAGGCCUGCACUAGAUUCAUUAGCUAAGUAAAACCAACUUUUCCAAGAGGGUCUUGGCAGCUGAGGAGAGACCGUGGAGAUUAUCCACCUAGGUAAACAGCCAAGGAGGCUGACCUUGGGGCAUAUUUUCCCUAGAGCCUCUUCGGUUGCCUACAGUACUUGAAACAUUCCACUUUCAGCCUGUUUCAGCCCCUUCUGCAGUCAGCCCUGAAACUCCCAUGACUGUUAGAUUCUCUAAUCUGUAAACGAAUAAGGAGGCUUGAUUUUUGAGGAAUGCCAAGACGGCCAUUGUUUCUCAUGUUGGGUCCAGCAUUCUCCCAUCCGAGUAUUUUUGUUCUUUUUCUACCAAAGUCUUUUUUCUACCCGAGUCUUUCUUCUCCAGGUUUAGUGCCACGGCUUCUCCUGAUAGCUUUAUAAAGUCCAGGGGGAGGGGCUCCUUUUUUGGCCUUGCUCCUUAGCAACCUCCCUCUCCCUCUGCAGCCAAACAGCAGCCCUUUUCUCCAGAUGUAAGCACAAGCCUUAACCUUCACUCUGCUUCUAUACCAGUCGGUUUAAGAGGUAUCUGUGUGUUCACAUGGGGCGACUGGACGGUCCUUUCGCUCUGCUUUGGCAGCAUCUCUCUCUUGGACCCUGCUUCUGUUCCCCAGUACAUGUAAUUUUGUGGUAGAGUUCUAGAUAGCACCUUUCCAGUGGGUUUUUUUGUGUUAAUGGCUAUUGGGGUGUUUUCCAGAAGCCGCCAGUUCCUCUGGCUGUGGAGGGGAGAGGUGGUGGAUCUCGCCUGUUCAAAGGGUUUUUUUUGAGAUAACAUUCCACUUAAUUUUACUGCAUGCUAAAGGCUGAGAACCGCCUGCCUCUGCCACACCUGCCUCUUUUGAAAGCCGUGCAAACUGUAGGAUGUGGGGCUUGUCCCUCCCCGCCUCCUUUACAUCCAUGUUUUGUGCAAAGCAAGCCUGCAUAGGCCAUUAGGUGCUAAAGUCCAUAUUCUUUCUCUCCCCCUGUCUUUUCCCCCCUGUAUAUACUGUGUUCUGUAGCUGCAUUGCCCAUCUGUUUUGAAAGUGGUUGGAAGCACAAGUUGGUUUGGAAAAGGAAGAGUCAAGGGGUGCCUUUUGUAUAAAUAGGCUCUUCGAAGAACCGGAGGGGCCUUCAGCUCAAAUCAGGGACUGGCCAUUUUUUCAAGGUGUUUUAAAAAUAAUUGUUGGGCUGGGAAAACUGUGUCCCUGUAACGUUUUUCUAUAGCCAAGGGUUGCAUUCUAGCUCUAGCUCUCCUUACAUUGCCAAGAGCUCUUCUUUCUGUGUGUAAGAAGCUUCCUGUCCGGCUCCAUUCACUAUGCGUUAAACUUUGGCUGGGGACCAGUGCUGCAGGGUGUAGUUGCCAAACUGUAUUUAUAAAGCGCAGACAAAAAAAAAAUUGCAUUCCACUUUGCAACAGCAAGAAAUAAAGACCAAGAUACCGAAA